UACAACCCGGAUGAUGUAGAUGUAUCUAAAGCCGUUCAUACUGAUACAUUUUCCAAUGAAGCUCUCACAUAUGGUGGUCUUUGCUCUCAAGCUGCUCGUGCUGCUUGGGGCUUACAGAAGAGGCUGGGCCUACAACCUGGAAACACCUUACUUGCACUUGUUAACAAUUCCAAUGCUUUUAUUCUCCUUGCACAUGCGACGUGGUGGACAGCUUCCGAUAGGCCUUUGAAUACAGCGGCAACGCACCAAAAUAUAUCGCAUGUUCUCCAGAUCGUGCAACCUACACAUGUAGUCACCAUCGAGGAGAAGCUUAGCACAGUUCAGGAUGCUUUGGCCUCUCUGUCAUUGGCUGACAUUAAGGUUUUGACUGUUCAUUGCAAGGUGGGAAAUCUGCCUCAGUUUCCGGAAGAUAUUACUGGCGAAGGAUAUUCGCAAACCCUUCCCCCAUAUGAUCUCCAAGGAAAGAACUCCAAGGAUGUCCCCAGUACUAUCUGCUUUUCCUCUGGAACAACUGGAAAAAUGAAGGGUGUGCAACUCUCUCACCACAACCUUGUCAUGAACAGCAUCAUGAUGCGUGCCUCCAUGCCUGUCAGAGUAAAUUCAACUAUUUGCGAAGUCUUUUUCGCACCAUACUGUCAUGUUUAUGGUCUGACAAUAGCGGUUUUGGCUAGCAUGUGGGUCGGAGCCCAUUAUUACAGCCUCGCGGCUUUCGACUUAGAAUCCUUUUGUCGCAAGUCAAGUGAGAUAAAGAUUACAGAUCUUCAUAUUGUGCCCCCAGUAGCACUUGGCCUUGCUGCCUCACCCAUCACUCAGAAGUAUGACUUAGCCUCCUUGCAGCGAAUUAAAUCAGUGCAGCAACUUCUCAAAAAGCGUUUUCCACACACCAGCAUCUGUCAAGAUUAUGGACUUACAGAAUGCUCCGGGGGAGUGAUUCAUGAAAUCAAUGAAGAUGAGAAGGCCUUCAGGUAUGUUGGCAAGUUAUUUGUAGGAAUGGAAGCUUAUCUUAUCGACCCAAAGAUAAACAAGGAUGUCUCUCUAGGUAAGAAAGAUGAACUCUGGCUCCGCGGUCCAGUUGUUAUGAUGGGCUAUGUCAAUAACAGUGAAGCAACAAAGCGCACUUUCUCCGAUAAUAGAUGGAUCAAAUCAGGAGAUAUCUUGAAGCUGGACGAGAACCAGAACUUCUGGGUUACUGACCGUCUCAAAGAGAUAAUCAAAUACAAAGGGUUCCAAAUUGCACCUUCAGAGCUUGAAGACAUGCUUCUGCAUCAUCCUAAUGUGACCGACGCUGCGGUCUGUACAGUUUACAACAAUGCACAAGCGACAGAAGUUCCCCUCGCAUAUGUGAGUCUCUCACCAGAGACGGCGGAGCUGCCAAGCUCUGAGAAACAGAAAGUCCUUGAUAAAAUCCGCUCCUGGAUGGACAGCCAAUUAGCAGGGUAUAAGAAGCUCAGAGGAGAUAUAUUCCAUCUUCAGAGCUUGCCCAAAACACCAACUGGCAAGAUUCUUAGAAGACUCUUACCAGCUAAGUUGAACGAGGCACAAGAGGCUAAGCUUUAG